AUGCUGGUGCGCGAUCCCAGGUCGAUUUUGGCAUCGAGGGCGGCGAUUAUGACAGAUUCGUCUUACCAGGCGCGGCGCAAUAUGAAAGUGCAGGACGAGGAACAACUCUUGGGCAACUUGAACAACGUCGUCUGCGCCAAAUCGAUGGAGAACGUUGCCGCGCUCAGAAAACACCCAUGGCUUAGCCAGAAAAAGACAAAUGAGGUAGCAGAGUGGCUUGGCGACAUUUACUACGACCAGAUGGAGAGCGCAGAGAACGUGGGCCAGAGUGACGAGAAGGCGCUUGGCCCAAUUGCGAAAGCGCUCGAGCAUCCUGGACGAUUCGCCACUUUUGGACGGAAUACGUCGCUCAUUCCUUACAAAUGGAUGAAAACGCUCAACUACACAACAAUCGACAAAAUCCAAAAUCUCUGUAGUGAGUACAUGGACCACUUUGGCUACGGAAAGAUCGCUCAGCUACCAGCCGACCACAGUAACAUCAUUCGCCCUGUACAAAACACUGAAUACCUCCAUUUUUUGUAA